CCUCUCUAUAUUUCUUCCCUUUUUAUUCCCACAGUCACUCUCUCAAACAAAUUUUACCACAAAUAUGCGUUUCACAGCUCUUCUCGCGGUCGCCCGCGGCCACCGUUGGCAGCGCGAUUGCCCAGGACCUGGUCAUGGGCUUCAAUGCCGGCGCCACGACCGACACUGGCACAGCGAAGACACAGGAGGACUUUGAGAAGGAGUUCAAGACGGCAAAGGGGCUCCAGGGCGCGCCGGGCAAGUUCAACACGAUCCGCCUGUACACCAACAUCCAGGCCGGCACCGAGCAGGACCCCAAGCCCAUCGCUGCCUUCGCCGCCGCCGUUGCGACCGACACAAAGCUCCUCCUCGGUGUGUGGGCGUCGGGCACCACCAGCAUCGACGGUGAGCUCAACGCGCUCACCGCGGCCAUCAAGGAGCACGGCACCAAGCUGACCGACCUCAUCGUCGGCAUCUCGGUCGGCAGCGAGGACCUCUACCGCGUGUCCGAGCCCGGUAUCCGGAACAAGUCUGGUGUCGGUAACAGCGCCGAGCAGAUUGUGAAGUUCAUCAAGGACGUCCGCUCCAAGCUCGCCAACACACCGCUCGCCAAGAUCAAGGUCACCCACGUCGACACCUGGACCGCCUGGGUGAACGUCUCCAACAAGGCCGUCAUCGACAACGUCGACUUCCUGUCCGUCAACGCCUUCCCCUACUACGAGGUCGAGCGCAACAACUCCCUCGACAACGCCGCCAACCUCCUUAGCAGCGCGCUCUCCGCCACCGAGGGUGUCGCCGGCAGCAAGGACGUCUGGAUCACCGAGACCGGCUGGGCAUACAGCGGCAAGACCUACGGCGCUGCGGACGCAUCCGUCGACAACGCCGGCAAGUACUGGAAGGAAGUCGGCUGCGCGCUGUUCGGCAAGAAGAACGUCUUCUGGUACACCCUCCGUGACGCCAACCCAGCCAACGACGUCAAGUUCGCCAUCACCGACAACCUCAACACCAAGCCCCGCUACGACCUCAGCUGCCCUGAGAAGAAGGAGCUCCCAUCCGCUUCGUCCUCGUCUGCUAGCCCCAGCGGCAGCGCUGGCCCCAAGUCCAGCGGCUCUGCUUCCCCCAGCGGUGGCGUUGCUUCUCCCAGCGGCAACGCUUCUUCCUCUGGCGGUGUCGCCGGUGGUGCGGCCGGUAGCGCUACUGGCACCGGUCCCACCCCAGCUCAAGCCACUGGUAACGCCCCCGGAGCCACAUCCGUCUCGGCUGUCAACUCCAUGGCCAUGGCUUUGUCCGUCGUCUUCGCCUUUGCUGCCUUUGCCUUGUAGAUGUGAUAUAUGACAUGGUAGUAACCGCCGAGGUGCUUGUUUGUCGAUUGGGUUAAUAGACUUGGACUUUCUUUUCUCAGACUGCACUGCGGUGUACGUGGGGUCUCUCUCGUAUGUGUCUGUAAUGUCGUCGUGCGCGGCGAAUGAUAACCAUUUUCGUGCGAGAA